CCCCACCCACGGAUACAGAGAAGUCCGAGGUGCUGAAUGAGACUUCUGGUCAUUCGUUUACUUCCCGCGGUUACAGCGCUUGUGCAUAACACCCGGCGCCCCUGCCUGCCGUCCCAGGACCUCCCUCAUUGGGGCCCGCCGGUGAGUCGUGACUGUGGAGUCUGUCCGCCACAGAAGCGCGCUGCAGUGCAAACUAUGCAUAGUCCCACGGACGGCCUGCGAAUCCUCAAUGGUGCAGCCAAUCGGUGUCAGCCACUGCCGGCAUUCGUACUUGGACUCUCCCCACCCCCUCCGCUUCACCGACGAUACAUGCCCAAGUAGGCCUACCGCGACGGCAAAGGCCCCUUCCCCCGCUUGCUUCCUAGACACGUCAGACCUAGAGUAGAGGCAGGCCAGGCGGGUGUUCCGUCGCCCUUACAAACGGCUGGACGGAGGCUUCCCCUAGGCACAUACAUACCGAGCAUACAUGUUGGUUAUUCGACUUCCUCUUUCCCGCCCCCAGGCUUCAAUACUAGGUCACUCACUCCUAGUUGCCGGGUCCCCAGCAAAGCCGA